GUUGCGGCUCCCAGCAUGCCUUGUGGGCGGCGCUCCCCUUUGACCCUCUCUCCCUCACUAUACAUCCGGGCUCCAGCUCCUCGAGAGAGGAAGAUGGCGGCGGCGACGACGAGCGGACCGACUUCGGUGGUUCCCAACGAGUGGAUAAAAAACUGGGACAAAGUGGGCAAGCUCGAAUUUGUGCAGCUAUGCCGAGCCCUCUGUGAAAAUAAAACCCGUGAACACUUGAUUUUCAGAGAUCUGCAGCAAGUUAUCUAUGAACUAUCAUAUCAUGUCAUAAGAGGAAAUCUAAAGCAUGAUCAAGCAUCAAAUGUUCUUAAUGAUAUAAUUGACUAUCGUGAGGAUAUGCCUUCCAUCCUAGCUGAUGUAUUCUGCAUCUUAGAUAUUGAGACAAGUUGUUUAGAAGAAAAAAGCAAGAGAGACCAUUUUACACAGCUGGUGUUAUCCUGUUUGUAUUUAGUUUCAGACACAAUCUUAAAGGAGCGUUUGGAUCCAGAAACAUUGGAAUCUUUAGGGCUUAUUAAGCAGUCUCAACAAUUCAAUCAAAAAUCAGUUAAAAUCAAGACGAAACUUUUUUAUAAGCAGCAAAAAUUCAAUCUCUUAAGAGAAGAGAACGAAGGUUAUGCAAAACUGAUUGCAGAAUUGGGACAGGAUUUGUCUGGAAGUAUGACUAGUGACUUAAUCUUAGAAAAUAUCAAAUCUUUAAUAGGAUGCUUUAAUCUGGACCCGAACAGAGUCCUGGAUGUCAUUUUAGAAGUUUAUGAAUGCAGACCAGAAUAUGAUGAGUUUUUUGUACCUUUAAUAGAAUCCUAUAUGUGUAUGUGUGAGCCUCAAACGCUGUGUCAUAUUCUAGGAUUCAAAUUCAAGUUUUAUCAGGAACCAAAUGGAGAGACGCCAGCAUCUUUAUAUAGAGUAGCAGCAAUACUUCUGCAGUAUGAUCUUAUUGAUUUAGACGAUCUUUAUGUUCAUCUUCUUCCAGUGGAUAAUACCAUUCUUGAUGAGCACAAACAAGAAAUUGUGGAAGCCAAGCAAAUUGUUAGAAAACUUACCAUGGUUGUCUUGUCCUCUGAAAAGAUGGACGAGAGAGACAAAGAAAAGGAAAAAGAGGAGGAGAAAACAGAUAAGCCACCUGACAACCAGAAACUUGGCUUAUUGGAAGCUCUGUUAAAGAUUAGUGAUUGGCAACAUGCACAAAACAUUAUGGAUCAGAUGCCCCCAUUCUAUGCUUCUUCUCACAGGCCGAUAGCCAUUGCUCUUUGCCAGCUUAUUCAUGUAACUGUUGACCCCCUUUACCGAAGAGUUGGAGUACCUAAAGGUGCUAAAGGAUCAACUGUUGCUCUGUCACAAAACCAGCGAGCGCCAAAACAGGCAGAGAGUUUUGAAGAUAUGAGAAAAGAAGUAUUCAAUAUGCUCUGUCAUCUUGGCCCUCACCUUUCUCACGAUCCCAUUUUAUUUGCAAAAGUGGUACGCUUGGGGAAAGCUUUUAUGAAAGAGUUUCAGGUUGAUGGAAACAAACCAGAAGAAAAAGAGAGAAUGGAAACUUUGCUUAGUUGCUUGCUGACUAUUACUGACCAGGUGCUACUUCCUUCUCUUUCCUUGAUGGAUUGCAAUGCUUGUAUGUCUGAAGAACUAUGGGGAAUGUUUAAGUCAUUUCCUUAUCAAUAUAGGUAUCGCCUGUAUGGUCAGUGGAAGAAUGAAACUUAUAACAGUCACCCGCUUUUGGUAAAAGUUAAAGCUCAAACGAUAGACAGAGCCAAAUAUAUAAUGAAGCGAUUGACAAAGGAAAACGUGAAGCCUUCUGGAAGACAAAUUGGGAAAUUGAGUCACAGCAAUCCAACCAUUUUGUUUGAUUAUAUUUUAUCACAAAUACAAAAGUAUGAUAAUUUAAUAACACCAGUAGUUGAUUCAUUGAAGUACCUCACUUCAUUGAACUAUGACGUGUUGGCCUAUUGCAUCAUUGAAGCUUUGGCUAAUCCGGAGAAAGAAAGAAUGAAACAUGAUGAUACAACUAUCUCAAGCUGGCUUCAAAGCUUAGCUAGUUUUUGUGGUGCAGUUUUUCGUAAAUAUCCAAUUGAACUUGCUGGUCUUCUUCAGUAUGUGGCAAAUCAAUUAAAAGCUGGAAAAAGCUUUGACCUACUUAUUUUGAAAGAGGUAGUACAAAAAAUGGCAGGAAUUGAAAUUACUGAAGAAAUAACAAUGGAACAAUUAGAGGCCAUGACCGGUGGGGAACAACUUAAAGCUGAGGGUGGCUAUUUUGGACAGAUCAGAAACACUAAAAAAUCCUCUCAGAGGUUAAAGGAUGCGUUGUUGGACCAUGAUCUUGCCCUUCCUCUAUGCUUACUUAUGGCUCAGCAGAGAAAUGGUGUAAUCUUUCAGGAAGGAGGAGAGAAACACUUAAAGCUUGUGGGAAAAUUAUAUGACCAGUGUCAUGAUACCCUGGUACAGUUUGGUGGAUUUUUAGCAUCUAAUCUAAGCACAGAGGAUUAUAUAAAGAGAGUGCCUUCAAUUGAUGUGCUUUGCAAUGAGUUCCAUACACCUCAUGAUGCAGCAUUUUUCCUUUCUAGGCCUAUGUAUGCACACCAUAUAUCAUCAAAGUAUGAUGAGCUUAAAAAAGCUGAGAAGGGAAGUAAGCAGCAACAUAAAGUUCAUAAAUAUAUCACAUCGUGUGAGUUAGUGAUGGCUCCAGUCCAUGAGGCAGUGGUCUCUUUGCAUUUGCCAAAAGUGUGGGAUGACAUCAGCCCCCAAUUCUAUGCCACAUUUUGGUCAUUGACAAUGUAUGACCUUGCAGUUCCACGGAAUAGCUAUGAAAGAGAAGUCAACAAACUGAAAAUCCAGAUGAAAGCAGUUGAUGAUAAUCAGGAAAUGCCUCCAAAUAAAAAGAAAAAGGAGAAGGAACGGUGUACUGCCCUUCAGGACAAACUUCUUGAAGAAGAGAAGAAACAGAUAGAACAUGUCCAGAGAGUUCUGCAGAGAUUAAAAUUGGAAAAAGACAACUGGCUUUUAGCAAAAUCUACAAAAAAUGAAACUAUCACAAAAUUUCUGCAACUGUGUAUAUUUCCUCGCUGCAUUUUUUCAGCAAUUGAUGCGGUUUACUGUGCUCGUUUUGUAGAAUUGGUACAUCAGCAGAAAACACUUAAUUUUUCCACACUUUUGUGUUAUGACCGAGUUUUCUCUGACAUAAUUUACACAGUAGCAAGCUGUACUGAAAAUGAAGGUAGUCGCUAUGGAAGAUUUCUCUGCUGCAUGUUAGAAACUGUGACUAGGUGGCACAGUGAUAGAACAAUAUAUGAAAAGGAAUGUGGUAACUAUCCAGGUUUCCUUACUAUUUUACGGGCAACUGGAUUUGACGGUGGAAACAAAGCUGAUCAGUUAGACUAUGAGAAUUUUCGACAUGUUGUACACAAGUGGCAUUAUAAACUAACAAAGGCAUCAGUGCAUUGCCUUGAAACGGGUGAAUAUACUCAUAUCAGGAACAUUCUCAUUGUACUGACCAAAAUACUUCCAUGGUAUCCUAAAGUUUUGAACCUGGGCCAGGCUUUGGAACGAAGAGUCCAUAAAAUCUGUCAAGAAGAGAAAGAGAAGAGACCUGACUUAUAUGCAUUGGCUAUGGGCUAUUCUGGGCAGUUGAAAAGUAGAAAGCCAUACAUGAUACCUGAAAAUGAAUUCCACCACAAAGAUCCUCCCCCAAGGAAUGCUGUUGCUGCCACUGUACAAAAUGGGCCCGGUGGUGUUGGCCUAUCUACAUCACUCACAAUAAAUGCAGCUAAAUUGGAAGAAAGCACUACUGAGGAGACUGAUAAAGUAAAGGAGAAGUCUCAGGGUGCUGUGAAAAUUGCUAGUAAAGCUGCCAGUACAACACCUAAAGCGACUACAAGUAAUGGAAACAGUGCUUCUAAUAGCAAAGUUACUAAAGAAAGUGAAAAAGAGAAAAGCGGGAAAGAAAAAGACAGAGAAAAAAAAGAAAAGACUCCAGCUGCCACUCCAGAGGCCAAGGCACUUGGUAAAGAUGGCAAAGAAAAACCAAAGGAAGAACGGGCAAAUAAAGAUGACAAAUCUAAAGAGAUCAAGGAAAAAACACCCAAGUCUGACAAGGAGAAGGAAAAAUUCAAGAAGGAUGAAAAAUCGUCUAAAGAUGAAAAAUUCAAGACAGUUGUUACCAACACUGAAUCAAAGUCAAGUGUAGAAAAGGAUAGAGACAAGGAACCAUCCAGAGAGAGAGAUGUAGCGAAGGAAACGAAAUCCAAGGAAAAUGUUAAAGGAGGAGAAAAGAUACCAGUUGCUGGGUCCUUGAAGUCACCUGUUCCCCGAUCAGAAACAUCAGAGUCUGAAAGGGAACAAAAACGCCGCAAACUUGAUAGCCACUCUUCUCCAUCACAUUCCUCAACAGUAAAGAUUUAUUCCCAGAAAAGGAGUAGCUGGUUUGUUUCAAGGUUACAACCAUACUUCCAAGUUUCUCGGGAUUCUGAGAACUAUUCCAGCUCACCUGUCAUCUCCAUUCAUUUUCUACAGGACAACCUCAGCGAGCUCAAGGAGUCUUCCACAAAGCACUACAUUAAUCACACUACUCCAGUACUGUCCAAGAGUAAGGAGAGAGAAAUGGAAAAGAAAGAUUUGGACAAGUUAAGGGAAAGAUCCAGAGAGAGAGAGAAGAAAGAGGACAAGGACAGGAAAGAUCGAAAAAGGGAGCAUUCAAACAAUGACCGUGAAGCACCCCAGGACUCCUCCACCAAGAGGCGUAAAGAGGAAAAUGGAACAACUGGUGCUUCAAAACAUAGUAAAAGUGAAAGUCCAUCAGAUUCUCCUCGUUCAAAUGAGAAGGACAAAAACAAAUCUAAAUCUUCAGGCAAAGAAAAAGGCAGCGAUGCCAUUAAAAUGGACAAAAUGGAGAAAAGCUCUUCUGGUAGUAAAAAGGACUCUCGACAUGAUAAGGAAAAAACAGAGAAAAAAGAGAAACGGGACAGUACAGGAGGAAAGGAGGAAAAGAAGCAAUAUCCUGUAUGUGUUUAAAGAUGUGCUCACUUGAUGUACAGAAAGACACGAAUGUUGUUACAAUUUUUCAGAAAUUGAUUCACUGAUUGCUACCAAUAAAAAAAUAUCUCCUCUUUCCAACCAUGUUUACAAGCAUAUCAGCUUGGAUGCUUGGGGCAUAAUAAAAGCUGUGAAGUUUGGGGGCCUCUGGAGUCUGUUCUGUGGAGUCAAGAGAAGUGGAGAUUCAUUGAGGGUGUGCACUGUUUCAGGACAAUAUUGUCACUACCACUUGGAUGAUAAUAGUUGGCAUUAUGUAGCAUGUUAAGGUUUUCAAAGUACUUGUUAUCUCAUUUGAUUCUCCUGACAACCCUGGAAGGCUAGGAGAGACUGUGACUUGUUCAGGGUCCUCAUGGCUAGUGUUUUGAAGGCAGGAUUUGAAUUUGGGUCUCUUUGACAUCAAGUCCAGCAUUCUAUCCACUGUGCCAUCUAGCUGCUUUGGGAAGAAAGGGAAGAGGAGGAAAAACCUGGGUGGUAGGGGCAAUUGAAGAGAAAAUUUCUAUAAUUCAGGCACAGUGGAACAGGUUGCAGGACUCUGAGGAGGGUCAGAUGUGUUUGUUGGUGGAGAGACAGGUCACUUUUUUCCAAACUUGUUUUCCUUAAUUAAAAAUCUACUCAUAAGUCUUCAGACAAGCACAGAUAAUGAAGACUUUCGAUCAAGGGAUAGUUCCUACGACUUCUUGUGGAUUGUCACUCCUAACACAGGGGAUUCACUUACCUCUCAGAAUUAUCACAGAAUCUGAGAGUUGAAAGAGACCUCACUGGCCAACUAGUUCAAAACAUAAACAAAAGAAAAUAAUACCUCAUGUGGUCCUCCAGCCUCGGCUUGAAAAGGAAGGAAGGGGAACCUACCACCUCCGCAGGCAAUUUCGCUUUUGGACAGCUCUGCUUGUUAUGAAGUUUGUUCUAAUAACAGAUUUUAAUUUACUACUUUGUAACUUCAUCUAGUGCUCCUGAUUCUAACGAGUCUAAUACAUUCGCCAAAUAAUAGCUCUACAUAUAUUUGAAGACAGUUAACAUGUUUCCUUCUCCAGGCUAAAGAUCCUCGUCGUUUCAACCGAUUCUCAUGACAUAGACUCAAGAUCCAUCACCUAUCCUGGUUGCCCUCCCUUGGACACUAUUUUAUCAGUGUCUGUAGACCAUGGUACCCAGAACUGAACACAGUACUCUAGAUAAGGUGAAAUGGAAAGAUUGUCAUCUUUGACCAGAAAUGUCUUUUCCUAAGUAGAUGGCACAGAAAUUUGUGAACAAAGAGGACCCAUCUACAUCUCCUUAAAUUAUUCAGUUUUCUGCUUUAUUUUCCCCAUGCUGAAAAAACUAAAAGUUGUUGAGUUGUGCAUUUCUGUAUUUUAACUUGUUGCUUAGGUUCUUACACAUUUAUUUUCAGUAUGUGGCUGAAAGUGUUACUUAUUCCCUAUUUUUUUUUUUAGCACAAUGUGCUGCAAACAAACAGUUGCCAUGGAGCAAAUGAGGAGGUUACAUGUGUACUAGAAUUUCAGUUUAGAUUGUCUAAAUACUGCCUGGGUUUAGUUGUUCUGUCAAUUUUCAGUGCAUUCUUUUUAUUAUUGGAAACAAAAUAAACAGCUGUUUAACCGUUAGUUUUGAAGUUUACCUCAUUGAAAACUCCGUUUUUUAAGAUUUAUUAUUAUUUGGCCUGGUUUUAAUAUCAGUAACUAAAAAACAAGUUGGUAGCACUGUUCCAUGCAGUCCUUAGGCAUUUUAUUAUGUUUAUUAUGUGUACAACAUUAAGACUUGUUUAAUUAGAAGGAAAAGUAGUUAAGUUGUCAUUUGCCCCAUGCCCUUUUUCUUUGUCCAUAAUGUUUUUAGAUAAAUUGGGAAAAAUAAUUCCUCAGAAAACCAAAAUUAAUUAAGCUUCAUUCAGUUCUUCCACUACAUGAACUUUUUAAUCACUUAACUAGUCUGAAAAGUUUCAUAAUGGCAUUAAAUUUUUUUUUAAUCUACUGAAUUCUACCAGUGUAACCUUUUUUUCUAAAUAAACAAUAGUUUUUCUCAA